CCAUCAGGGCGACCCUGGAGAAGAGUCGCAGGGGUGGCUUCGUCUUCUGCAGCCGCUGCUGUCGGGGUGGGUCGAGCCGGGCUCCGAACCUGGAGCGCGCUGUGUCCCGGGCACGGAGCAGCGGGAAAAAUAACUGCCACCAUACUGGAUGGACUGCUGAACUAUUGGAUGGCUUCCAGCUUGUGACCACACCAGGAAAUUGUCCAUGGAGCUGAAGUGUUUACUGCAGUAGCUUCUGACCUUACAGAAUAAAGGGUGCGGUCCCAGUCGGCACACCCCUGCCUGAGCCUGUCCUGACACCCUGUUUAUCAUGGCCUGCAAGGCGCAGUGUGACCUGCCUGCGUCUGCUCUCCAGCUCCGCCUCUUGCCACCCGUGAACGCUGUGUUCCAGUUCUUGGCUUUCUCUCAGGUUGAAUGCCUUUGGGAAUUCGAUGCAUAAAACUUGCAUGACUCCUCCAGUUUCCUGGGUCCAUCCUUGGAUUUAAGGCAUGGCUUCUACCACAAAAGUUAAUGGUUGUGCUUCAGAUAAAGCAGCUGAUGUUCUGAAUGGAGACGGUGACAAGGAACAAAAAGACCCUUAUUUUGUGGAAACGCCCUAUGGUUAUCAGCUAGACCUAGAUUUUGUAAAGUACGUGGAUGACAUACAGAAGGGAAACACCAUCAAGAAACUGAACAUCCAGAAGAGGCGAAAGCCAUCUGUGCCAUGUCCGGAAGCCAGGGCCACACCUGGUCAGCAGGGCGUAUGGACGUCCACUGAAUCCCUGUCAUCCUCCAACAGCGAUGACAAUAAGCAGUGUUCCAGCUUUCUCCUAGCCAGCGGCCAAGUUACAUCAACUCCAGUCCCAAGGCCACCUGCUCCUUUGGAGACCUCGCCCACUUUUCUGACCAUCCCAGAAAACCGACAGCUACCCCCUCCCUCCCCACAACUCCCAAAGUUCAACCUUCAUGUCACCAAGACACUGAUGGAGACCCGGAGAAGACUUGAGCAGGAGAAAGGCACCAUGCAGAUGGCACCCGGAGAGUUCAGAAGGCCCAGGCUGGCCAGUUUCGGAGGCAUGGGCUCCACAAGCUCCCUUCCGUCCUAUAUGGGUUCUGGUAACCACAAUCCUGCCAUGCACCAACUUCAGAAUGGGUACCAAGGCAAUGGGGACUAUGGCAGCUAUGCCCCAGCCCCUGGCACCACUUCCUCCAUGGGGAGUUCCAUCCGCCAUAGCCCACUGAGCUCAGGGAUCUCUACGCCAGUGACCAACGUGAGCCCCAUGCACCUUCAGCACAUCCGCGAGCAGAUGGCCAUUGCCCUGAAGCGCCUGAAGGAGCUCGAGGAGCAGGUGAGGACCAUCCCUGUGCUGCAGGUCAAGAUCUCCGUCUUACAAGAGGAGAAGCGGCAGUUGGCCUCCCAGCUGAAGAGCCAGAGGGCUGCGGCCCAGAGCGAUGUCUGCGGUGUGAGGAAACGCUCCUACAGCGCCGGCAACGCCUCGCAGCUGGAGCUGCUGUCCCGGGUGCGGCGAGGCGGCGGGGAAUUGUACAUCGACUAUGAGGAGGAGGAGAUGGAGAGCGUGGAGCAGAGCACGCAGAGGAUCAGAGAGUUCCGGCAGCUCACGGCAGACAUGCAGGCGUUAGAGCAGAAGAUCCAGGACAGCAGUUGCGAGGUGUCUUCCGAGGUCAGGGAGAACGGGCAGUGCCCAUCGAAGGCCUGCCGGUCUGUGGCUGUGGGUGACAACGAGAACAUGAAUGACAUUGUUGUAUACCACAAGGACUUCAGGUCCUGCAGGGAUGCAGCUACGGGGACAGUCACUGACACGAAGAACUUCAGUGUCAGUGUGACAGAAGCCAUGCUUGGCGUGGUUACUGAAGCUGACAAAGAGAUUGAGCUACAGCAGCAGACCAUAGAAGCCUUAAAGGAAAAGAUCUACCGCCUGGAAGUGCAGCUUAAAGAAACCACCCAUGACCGCGAGAUGACGAAGCUCAAGCAAGAGCUGCAGGCUGCUGGGUCCAGGAAAAGAGUUGACAAGGCCACCAUGGCCCAGCCGCUUGUUUCCAGCAAGUUAGUGGAGGCAGUGGUGCAGACCAGAGACCAGAUGGUUGGCAGUCACGUGGACAUGGUGGACAUGUGUGUCGGGACCUCUGUGCACACAAAUAGCAUAGGCAUCGCCUGCCAGCCCGAAUACAAGCAUCAAGUGGUGGGGCCUGAGCUGCCCAUGAAUUGGUGGAUUGUGAAGGAGAGGGUUGAAGUGCAUGAUCGGUGCAUAGGGAGGUCUGUGGAGACCUGUGACCAGAGUGUGGGUGUGGAAGUCAGUGUCUGUGAGACAGGCAGCAACACAGAGGCAUCUGGGAGCGACCUGACACUCCUCAAGACCAACUUGAACCUCAAAGACGUUCGGUCCAUCGGCUGUGGAGAUUGUUCUGUGGAUGUGAUUGUCUGCUUUCCCAAGGAGUGCGCCUCUCGCAGCGUGAACACAGAGGCUGUGGGGCAUGUGGAAGUGGCUGUCAUGGCAGCGCCACAUACCGCAAACCAGCAUACAAGUACAGCUUUGGAGCAGGUAGAACGGUCCACCAACACGGAAGCGGCCACCCUCGUGGACUCCUGCACCAGCACCGCACUCAGCACUCUGGAUAAGCAGACCAGCACCCAGACCGUGGGGACGCGGACCAUAGCCGUGGGUGAAGGCCGCGUCAAGGAUGUCAACUCCUCCACCAAGACACGCUCUGUCAGCAUCGGGACAGUGCUUUCUGGCAAUUCUGGGUUUGACAGGCCAUCUGUUGUAAAGACCAAAGAAUCAGGUGUGGGGCAGAUAAAUAUUCACGACAACUAUCUGGUUGGUCUCAAAAUGAGGACCAUAGCGUGUGGUCCCCCGCAGUUGAGUGUGGGGCUGACGGGCAGCAGGAGGAGCGUGGGUGUUGGGAACGAGCCUGUAGGGGAUCUCGUAGAGGACACCCAGCCCCAGGUUGCCUCUGGAAUGGUGACUGGCUUGGAUCACUACAUUGAACGUGUCCAGAAGCUGCUGGCUGAGCAGCAGACACUGCUGGCUGAGAACUACAGUGAACUAGCCGAAGCAUUUGGGGAGCCUCACUCACAGAUUGGCUCCCUCAACUCCCAACUCAUCAGCACCCUGUCGUCCAUCAAUUCCGUUAUGAAGUCUGCAAGCACUGAGGAGCUCAGGAACACUGACUUUCAGAAAUCCAGCCUGAGCAAAAUUACAGGAAAUGAUUUGGACUGUAUUUGUAAAUGUGGAGGCCUACAGUCAGGAGAGCUGUUAGGCAUGCAGACAUCCAGGUCUGAGCACAAGGUGGGGACCACAGAAGGGAAGCCCAUCACGAGCCAGGACAGCCUUCCCUCUCAGGGAACUAUACCUGCUGCGGUGAACCUGACGGAUGAUCAGAUGGCUGCUGGACUCUAUGCAUGUCCAAAUAAUGAAAAUACACUCAAGUCCAUCAUGAAGAAGAAAGAUGGGAAUAAAGAUGCAAAUGGCACCAAAAAGAAUCUUCAGUUUGUCGGCAUUAAUGGCGGGUAUGAAACAACUUCAAGUGAUGAUUCCAGCUCAGAUGAAAGCUCUUCUUCCGAGUCAGAUGAUGAGUGUGAUGUCACUCAGUACCCUCCCGAAGAAGCGGAGGAGGAAGAGGAGGACGAAGACACCCGGGGAAUGGCGCAAGGGCACCAUGCAGUUAAUAUUGAAGGUUUCAAGUCUGCCAGGGUGGAAGAUGAAAUGCAGGUUCAAGAAUGUGAACCUGAGAAGGUGGAAAUCAGAGAGAGGUAUGAAUUAAGUGAAAAGAUGUUAUCUGCAUGCAACUUACUGAAAAAUAACAUAAAUGAUCCCAAGGCCUUGACCAACAAAGAUAUGAGAUUCUGUCUGAACACCCUCCAGCACGAGUGGUUCCGCGUAUCCAGUCAGAAGUCAGCCGUGCCGGCCAUGGUGAGCGACUACAUCUCGGCUUUCGCGGCCAUCUCCCGGGACGUGCUCCGCUACAUCAUCAACAUGGCCGACGGCAACGGGAACACCGCCCUCCACUACAGCGUGUCUCACUCCAACUUUGAGAUCGUCAAGCUGCUCCUGGGGGCAGAUGUGUGCAACGUGGACCACCAGAACAAGGCAGGGUACACCCCCAUCAUGCUGGCGGCCCUCGCGGCCGUGGAGGCCGAGAAAGACAUGCAGGUCGUGGAAGAACUCUUUGGCUGCGGGGAUGUGAACGCCAAGGCCAGUCAGGCAGGGCAGACGGCCCUCAUGCUGGCAGUCAGUCAUGGGCGGAUAGACAUGGUAAAGGGCCUGCUGGCCUGCGGGGCUGACGUCAACAUCCAGGACGACGAGGGCUCCACUGCCCUGAUGUGUGCCAGCGAGCAUGGGCACGUGGAGAUCGUCAAGUUGCUGCUGGCCCAGCCGGGCUGUAAUGGCCACCUAGAGGACAAUGAUGGCAGCACCGCCCUCUCCAUAGCCCUGGAAGCCGGACACAAAGACAUCGCCGUCCUUCUCUACGCCCACGUCAACUUCGCGAAAGCCCAGUCUCCGGGCACCCCCAGGCUUGGAAGGAAGAUGUCUCCUGGUCCCACUCACCGAGGCUCCUUUGACUAAAUGCGAACAGCCUUCCACACGCGUGCUACCACAAAGCUGCUAAUUGUUCCUGUCGGGGUGACAGAUAGUGAAUGUAUAUGGUCUGAGCCUGAGCUGACCAGUGAACAGAGGCACACGGGCACAGGCUGAAGGCUGACAUUUUCACGGGGGAAGCAGAGCUGGCAGGAGAUGGCCAGGCAGGGCUCUGGCCUCGCUCUAUGACUCUCCUCUCUGGGUCACACGCAAGCCCGGCUCUGGCUACUGAGUCUGCUCUGUUAGAUUCAGAGGUAGGAAACAGCAGCCUGACCCAAACAGGCGGCUUCUCCUGUAAUACAGGUUUCAGGUUCUCCUUGGCGUUUUUUAAUUCUCCACAAAUAUUUAUACUUCCCCAUUGUGGAUCCACUGGGAAGCUUUUUCAAGAUAACAUUCUAGAAUGAUUUUGUUAAUUUUUCUCAUCUAUCUUUUAAAAGAAGACCUAAGACUAAGAUCAUCUGCAACUUGGGCCCCAGGCUGAUAGUUUCUGGUUUAAAAAUAGAACAUGGGACCGUACAGACUCACACAAGGACAUACUUCCAGUUGGCUUAUGUAGGUGGGUGUAUUAUACGGCUUUUUUAUGUAAAAGAUAUCUAUAUGAAAUUGACACCAUAUUUUCAACUUUUAUAUUCCAUAGUGAAUAAAGUCAUGAAGAACUCUGCAUAACAUGACCCCAUUUUUAAUGAUUGCACAGCCCUGUCUGUAUCUAAUGCAAAAGGUGGAAUGAUGUUAGAAUGGACUACGUAUGUGCCGCUAGAGACACUUAGAAGUAGGCUGUGUAUUUAUGGAUUCCUUUAUAUCAUGUCACAUUUACUUUGGUCCUGUAUAUGUAUUUAAAUGUUUGAAGUGCCUUAGACUCUUGCCAUAUUUUCAAAAUAAAAUUUCAUUAAGCUCCU